AUAAUAAUAGUUCUUGUGUAAACCGCCCUUUAUAGCUAAGAGUAGCGGAGCACUAUUAGAAGGAUAUAAUUGUAAGCAAUUUCUGAACGAUUUAAUUUCUAGCUGAUGAACGAUAAUAGUGGCGAUCAGAAUCCAUCCGAUUCAAAGCAGUAGAGGACCAAACAAAUAAAACAAGAACGCGUUUAAAAUGAACAAAACGCUAUUUAGUUAUAACUGUCCAAGAACAUUGUAGUAAUGUUCCUUUUUAAAAGGAACAGAAAAGGAAGACACGUGGUAUUAUGGUGUUUCUGUAGGUGUGCGCGUGGCUCUGAUAUUCCAGAUGAGCGUGACGCAGGAGUUCCUCAUUAAGCUAAUGGACUGAUCUGAGAUCUGAUACAGUCAAGCACAUCAGAUCACUUACAGAUCCGAUCUGAACGCGCGUCGGACCAAAGCGAGCGAAGCAUAACGUUACAACGCGCCGUCGACGCUCCGCGACGCAGACGUGAUGUAGAGACGCGCCGCAGGUGAGACAUCUGAUGCUCGGCUGCCGGAGAUGAGAUCCGCGGACGGCGCUCGGGUGAUGCUGGUGUGAGGAAGAUGAUGUUUAUGGUGUCUGGAGCGGCUCUGGUGCUGACGCGUGGUGGAGGGCAGGUUUAAACGCUGAUGGCUGAGAAAUGGCAGUAGUUUUGGUGUUUUCCAGGCCAUCGUGUGUGUGUCCGACAUGAACGCGCUGCUCGACCGAUUUCACAACUUCAUCCUGCCGCGCAUGCGUGGACCCGAGCGCGUGUGUCACUGCACCUGCGGCAGGCACCGUGUGGAGCACGUGAUCCCGUACGAGGGCUCGGUCUCGGCCAGCUCCGUGGGCUCGUCAGGGGGGAGCAGCGUGAGCAAGCAGGAGCUGGACCUGGUGCUGGGUCUCCUGAUGGGCUUCUGCAUCAGCUGGAUCCUGCUGUGGCUGGACAGAGCUCUUCACUGCGCACUGCGCUUCUGGAGGUCCAGCAGACACUGCGGUGCAGACGGUGAUCUGUGGCGCUGGGUGUCGCGUGUGUGGAACCUGAGAGAGCUGCGCAGACGACUGCAGUCGCGCCGGACGGAGGAUGCCGGGAAUAACGUGGUGCAGGUCAAACAGAGGCUGUACCACAACGGUCAUCCGAGCCCUCGCCGCCUCUGACAGACUCCGCCCCUGAGCCUUUGUCGCCUCUGAAAGACUCCGCCCCUCCUCUGACAGACUCCGCCCCCAAGCCCCUCACCGCUUCUGACAGACUCUGCCCCUGAGCCCUCACCUCCUCUGACAGACUCCGCCCCCGAGCUCUUGCUGCCUCUGACAGACUCCGCCCCUCCUCUGACAGACUCCACCCCCAAGCCUUUGUCGCCUCUGAAAGACUCCGCUCCUCCUCUGACAGACUCCGCCCCCAAGCCCCUCACCGCUUCUGACAGACUCCGCCCCUCCUCUGACAGAAUCCACCCCCAAGCCUUUGCUGCCUCUGACAGACCCCGCCCCUCCUAUAACAGACUCCGCCCCCGAACCCCUCGCCGCCUCUAUCAGACUCCACCCUCUCCUCUGACAGACUCCACCGCCAAGUCCUCGCCGCCUCUGGCAGACUCUGCCCCCUCCUCUGACAGACUCCACCCCUCAGCCCUCGUCUCCUCGGACAGACUCCGCCCCCUCCUGCUCGCUGUGUGUUUUUACUGGUUUACCGAGUGUUAGUUUUGUAGGGCUCUACACGUCACCAGGGUGGGAGGGGUUUGCAUUUUUUAGACCAAUCUUUGUGUACCGGGUAACAGUGUCUGUUUUAGAAACACGGCAUGCUGGGUAAUCUUCAGUGACGGUGUUUUCGAUGAGAUGUGCUGCUGUAUUCAGUGUUUGUGUGACAUUAAAGUGACUCGUAUGAUGCCGUCA